AUGACAUCGCCGCGCAAAGCACUAAUAGCGGUAACAUCCGCCCACGCGCCCCUCUAUCCCGACGGCAAAGAGACAGGCCUCUUCAUCACAGAAGCCCUACACCCCUUCAACGUCUUCAAGGACGCAGGCUUCGAAGUCGACCUCGUCUCCGAGACUGGCACCUACAGCCCCGACUGGCUAAGCCAGCAGAAAGAGUGGCUGAACGACGAAGAUCGCAAAGUCUGGGAAGACCACUCGAGCGAGUUCAGGCGCAAGCUGGAUAAUCUGCGAAAGCCCAGUGAUAUCAAGCCCGAAGACUACGGCAUCUUCUUCGCCUCCGCCGGUCACGCCUCUCUCAUAGACUACCCCACCGCCACCGGCCUCCAACGCAUCGCCUCAACCAUGUACACAUCCGGGGACAUCAUCUCCGCCGUGUGUCACGGCGGCGCAAUCUUCCCCGGCAUAAUCGACCCGGCGACCAACGCGUCCAUCAUUUCUGGCAAAAAGGUGACGGGCUUCACGACCAAGGGGGAGGAAGAAGAGGGCGUGCUGGACACCAUCAAGAGCUGGAACCGGCCGACGAUCGAGGCGGCGGCGGCGGACGCGGGCGCGAUUUAUGUCGCUCCGCCUGGGCCAUGGGAUGCGUUUGCGCUGGCGGAUGGGAGGAUUGUCACCGGGGCGAAUCCAGCGAGUGCGCACGUUACGGCUGAGGAGGCGGUUAAGGCUUUUGAUGGGUUGGGAAAGUCGUAG